UUAGAGGAAAACGGUGGUAGAUUUUUGCGUUAUUUAUUACUGAGUGGAAGACGUGAAUGUGGAGUUCUGCAGGGACUGAGCUGUGCACAGCCGAGAGCAAACAUUUAGCUAUUAAUGUCACGGAGAGAGACGUUGAGACUUGCAACUGCUGCAGUUGAGUCUCAGCGCCGCAGGUUUGUCCUCGGGGUGAGUUACUAACAUUUUACUAGUCAAGUAAAUUGUUUUUCUGUGCAACAGAUGAUAAAAAAAAAAGUUAAGUUUUCAACAAAAAAGCUACAAAGAUGUUCACUGUAGUUUUUAACCCAGUAAGGUUCCAUAUUAAAAUGUUUUCCACAGAGCUUCAGGCCCUAAAACUGCUGAUUCUUGUCUGAGUUGAACUGACGAAAACAUUCAGUAACUUCAGACGUGAUUACUGGGGAGUUUGAGGCCGUCUGCACCAGCGUGAGACCCGUUUACUGGAUGCUCUGUGUUCAGAUCUGUUGGUUUUUCAGAAUAGAUUUAGUUUUUUGAGUUUGUGACGGUGGACUGCCUGGACCAAGCGGCUGUGGUGCGAGGCUCAGUCCUAUUUUACAGUGCUAGUUAAAAGCCCUGUUGUUGGCCGGCCCACGGGCCAAAGCCGUCUGCGUCUGUUAACACAUUUUAUUACCUGUUAGAGCUAUUUAUAUCGCGGCCGCGCUAGGGCUGCUCUCGGCUCUCGGUAAUUUGGACCUGUGGGUGCGCCAUGGAACGAGGGACGGACAGACGAAUGAGACACCAACCAUACAGCGCUACUGGUUUUGUUUCUGGAACAUGUGGGAGCGCAUUACCCGCUCAGGUGUGCCGGGUUUCAGUCAUCAGAAUCCUUCAAACAGGUACCGAAGAUGGUGGAGAGGGAGAGCCUACUUUGUAAACACACACGCUGAUUUUGUGUGUUUUGUGAAUGACCUGCAGGUGUGUGUGGACACGCGGGUGUCUGCGUGUCUCCUCCUAGUUACUGUGAGCCUAUUUUAAGUAAGCGACAAAAGUUCCACUUAGAUUUGGUUGGCUGGAAAGUCGGCCCGCACCACAGAGCUCUUCUUGUUAACUGAGGGCUGCUUCCAGCCUCCGGAGCCACCCCCCCCACUUUGGUCCUCCCUCUGCCUGGAUAUCCACACGUCCUGACCCUCAAAGGGCUCAGUCAGCAAAUAUUUGAAACUUUGCGAGUUAAUCAUAAGACCAAACCCCCUCCUUCCCCUCCCCUCCCCUCCCCUCCCUUUACAAACAGAGGAGGGGGAGUGACCAAAGAAACUGAGACUUGAACACAAACGCAGCUGGCAUUCAGACCAGACUGCAGUGACACUGGAGCUGCUUCACUGCUAAUAAUUAACUCUCUGCGUCCACGUGAGCGGGCCUCAGCCUCACACCCGAUGGGGGAGGAGGGAGCCUCAGCCCUCUGAAGUGAAUGCUCUGCAGACUGAGCGAGUCCGUCAGUCACUCUCUGAGAGGCACGCCUGCCGCACCAGCCUCACGCCGAGCGGAUUACCUGGAUUUUAUUAGGAAGCACAUAAAUCUCGUUACCGUUUGAGAAUUAAAGCAAGAGACGUCGUGAUUCUGGACAGCAUCAACUAUGAAAUGGAGCUCAACCGGAGAACUUGAACGCACUCCUGUUGGAUUUAAUCGGAGCUUUAGGAAUAAAGGAGAAAGUUCAGAAAAGAGCCUUUUCCUCCCGAGAAAUAUGCUUAACUUGCAACCUCUACCUCCAAAACCACCCAAACCCACGCCGGUGACUAACAACGGUAUGAACAACAACAUGGCGCUGCAGGACGCCGAAUGGUACUGGGGAGACAUCUCCCGGGAGGAGGUCAACGAGAAGUUGAGGGACACCGCGGAUGGUACGUUUUUGGUGCGAGACGCCUCUACAAAAAUGCACGGAGACUACACUCUUACUCUGAGGAAAGGAGGAAACAACAAGCUCAUUAAGAUAUUCCAUCGAGAUGGGAAGUACGGCUUCUCAGACCCGCUGACCUUCAGCUCGGUUGUUGAGCUCAUCAACCACUAUCGCAAUGAGUCACUGGCUCAAUACAACCCCAAGCUAGACGUGAAGCUGCUGUACCCGGUCUCCAAACACCAGCAGGAUCAGGUGGUGAAAGAGGACAACAUCGAAGCUGUAGGGAGGAAGCUCUGCGAAUACCACCAGCAGUACCAGGAGAAAAACAAAGAGUACGACCGGCUCUAUGAAGAAUACACCAGAACGUCACAGGAAAUCCAAAUGAAGCGUACAGCGAUAGAAGCUUUCAACGAAACCAUCAAGAUAUUCGAGGAGCAGUGUCAGACCCAGGAGCGGUACAGCAAAGAGUACAUCGAGAAGUUCAGGCGAGAAGGAAACGACAAGGAGAUCCAGAGAAUUAUGGGAAACUACGAGAAGUUAAAAUCAAGGAUCAGUGAAAUUGUUGACAGCAAGCGCAGGCUGGAAGAAGACUUGAAAAAACAGGCGGCAGACUACAGAGAGAUCGACAAGAGGAUGAACAGCAUCAAGCCCGACCUCAUCCAGCUUCGCAAGACCAGAGACCAGUAUCUCAUGUGGUUGACCCAGAAAGGAGUCAGACAGAAAAAACUCAACGAGUGGCUGGGAAUCAAGAACGAAAACACAGAGGAUCAAUACUCUAUGGUGGACGACGACGAAGACCUUCCUCACCACGACGAGCGAACCUGGAGACUGGACAAUAACAACGGAGGCAACUUCAACCGGGUUCAGGCGGAGACGGUCCUCAUGGGAAAGAGAGACGGAACAUUCCUGGUUCGGGAAAGCAGCAAAGCGGGGUGCUACGCCUGCAGCGUUGUCGUGGAGGGCGAAGUGAAGCACUGCGUCAUUAACAAGACCCCCUCUGGCUACGGCUUUGCAGAGCCGUACAACCUGUACAGCUCCCUGAAAGAACUCGUACUUCACUACCAGCACACAUCUUUGGUCCAGCACAAUGACUCACUGAAUGUGACGCUAGCAUACCCCGUUUACGCUCAGCAGAGACGGUGAGGACACUGACACAUCCACGACGACACAAAGAUCCAAGGCCUCACAGGAACCAGAGACACGUUUUGGACUCCACGGUUGAAUAAAACAGACGCGAUCCGAUGGCGAGGUGGGACUUUAAAGCCGGAGGAAAAGACAACAAAGCCUGAAACAUUUCAGUGACUUUGCCUGACCACAGAUCUGAGGCGAGUCUGAAUGUAGAUUUCCUUUUUUUUUUCUUUUUUUUUUUUUUUGUGGGAGCACAGAAUCUGGUGGAAAACUGCUGAACUCCCCGAGCGGAGGACGAUUGAGGCCUUUUCCUUAUGGUGCUUGUUCUUGUUCAAAGCUUUACCAGCUAGAAUGUUAAACUGCAGCGGAUAAAACUGUUCAAACGGAACUGUGCUAACCGGCCACGACCUGUUGUUUUUCCUGUACGUCAUCGGUGUGGUUUUUUUCUUUCUUUUUUUCGUGUGUGUUUGUGUGUGUGGGAGCGAGCGAGAGCGAGGGUGAGAGUGAGACAGACUGUCCAUGUGACCAAAACCCAUAGAAUCUAAAAACUGUGACACCGGAGGGCUGUGUGACACGUUUGCUUGCGUCACUUGUUCAGCAGCUGACCGUGAAUCAGUUGAAAAUGUAGCAAAAUGGCACUUUUUCUUUUUACACGUAAUUUCUUUUUGUUUCUUUUGAAAGAAGAACUCCUAUGGACUUUGAGAAGAGUGGAGAAGAUUAAAGGUCCUGCCUUCUUCUCGUUUAGCAUUACGGUGCACAGGCGAACUGGAUCUUAGCUGUGGGCGGGUGGACGCUCUGAACGGACUAUUUCAUGUACAUAUGUGAAAUUGUACAGUCAUGAAUGGAAGUGCACCAAAAAGGAUCAGUUCCUCUUUAGUUCUGUUCUGAUCUGCUAUGCAAUUCUUUCUCCAUUUGUACUUACGGACUCUGUUGCAACCCAUAAUAUAAGCUUGUUUUAUUGCUUGAACAGUAUCUUUUCCUGUGUAAAUAUUCUAGAGGAUAUUUUGUGUCAAAAUGCCAAGAUACAAUAAAAUAUGCGUAUGAUUUUUAAAGAUAAAAUAGAAACAUACACUUUAUUAUAAAUUACUUUCAUAGUUGGUAAAAAGAUGAGAAAGAUGAGUAUUUUAGUAGGGUUUUUUUUUUUGGCUUCAAACUAAUCCUCUCAGGCAGAGCCUUUUGAGUAUUUGAGCUGCUCCAGUUAAGAGUACUAGUUCCCGACAGAGCAAAGCCUACAUGCAGAUCUUUGUCCGAGCACUCACAGCUGAUGGGAUUUGACGAUCCAUAUCACCACCAAAACAGCAGGAAAGAUUUAUUUUCUUAUACAAAGUAUAUAUGUUCCCAUAUGAGAAUAUAAGAUCAAUAUGCAUUUUACACUUCAUAUUUUUCUGUAUCAGAAAAUGUUUACAUGGGUGGAUCAGCUCAUUUCAGAAAGUAAUUUCACGUUAGAAGGACGGCGUGCGUAGGUGGAGUCCUUUGUAGAAAAACUGACGUAAAACCCACAGCUCAGCUACAGUUUCUUUACUUUAACACCGAGGUACAAACCCAGUUUAUGAGGAAGCUUUAAUGUGUGUCAAAUGUGAAAAGCUACAAAUCAGAUCGUUUGUAAUACGAAAUGUCACGAGGAUGUAAUUAGACUCUUCAUCAUGUCUGCACAGCUGUCAGUUGAAAUCUCAGUAUGUUGUGAAGCCAAUAACAAAAUACAAUUGUUUUGAUUUUUAGAGUUUGUGUUGGACUUUAAUUUCAUUUCUUCUGACUUCUACUUUUAAAGAAGGUCUAAACGUACGAACUGGCAACUGCAUAAGGUGAUUUUCAUUUUGCGCAUUUACAGUUCUGUUAAAAAUACGGUACUGACGCUGACGUGUUUUAAAUGUUCUUGACCAAAUUCCUCAUCCAAGAUAAGAUUAGCAGAUCUUCAGAGCUGUCAUUUAUUCUGAGUUGGUUGUGUCAAAAUAAGCCAAUAACUGUGAUAUGUGACAUUUACUUUACUACAAGUAUGAUUUGCAUUUACAUCACAAUAUCUGCUGCAACAAAAAGUUCUUAUUGGUUUUUGUUUUAAAGAUCACAGACAAAAACGAUGCACUUUUACACCUCAGUUCUUGGUUAAUGGACUAUCUUAGUAGUGUCCUUUUUUUAUUUUUCGUGUAACACGACGAUUGGAUUGAGAUUUGCCAGUGUUCCUCAGUUUGGCUUCAAAUCUGUAUUGGGCUUUGUUAAAAAAUAAAUAAAACACUUUUUAAGAUAAAA